AUGCACCCGGAUCGCCAAUGGUCACCCGACACCUACGUCUCCUUCCCUGGCUCCCAAGAGUUUGAGCAGAGCACCGAGCGAUGGACCACGUUUAGUGCCCCGACCUACCGCGCUGCCAUUAGUCCCGCCACAGAGGAAGACGUGGCCAAGAUUGUAAAACUUGCGACCUGCCGCAACAUCCCUUUCCUCGCUACCUCGGGUCGUCACGGAUACACCACCACCCUCGGAGACCUUCAGAAUGGUCUAGCUAUCGACCUCAGCCAGCUCAACUCGUUCGAGCUCGACACCACGGCCGAAACGCUCACCGUUGGACCCGGCGUGACUGUGGGUGAAGUUUUCGACCCCCUAUUCAACGCCGGGUUCGACAUUCAAACCGGCAGUGCCCCUUGUCCGAGUCUCAUCGGCGUCACGCUCGGCGGCGGUGUUGGUCGGUACCAGGGUGUCUAUGGUCUGAUCGCAGAUGCGCUUGUUUCCGUGCGCAUGGUCACCGCCCACGGAGAUAUCAUCGAGGUCUCGGAGGAUUCGUACCCUGAUCUUUUCUGGGGCAUCCGCGGAGCCGGUUCCAACUUUGGCAUCAUCACCUCUGCCACCUACAAGCUUCACCCGCUGACCGAGGAUGGAGAUACCUUUAUCGCCGAGUUCAUUGUUUCAGCCGAAGGCAGCCCCGAAUACUUCCACACUUUGGAAGCGAUGCAGCCGCUGCCUGCGGAACUUUCGUCCAUUAUGCUGAUUACUUCCAAUCCCGUCACGAAUGCGACCCAAACCCUGGUGCACUGGGUUUACAAGGGACGCGAGGCCGACGCUCUCGCCGCCUUGGCGCCGAUUCUGGCGCUUGAUAUUGAAGUCACCGCCAUGAUGUCAGUUCCAUGGAACGAAAUGGUGGGAGCCGCGUUUGGCGGUGUCGUCGAAGAAAUCUGCAUCCAUAACAUCAACCGUGACCUCUACAGCUUCAACCUGAAGAACUACGCGGCAGAGACGUACGUCGAAUCGUUCAACAAGAUGCACGACUACUUCAUGGAGUACCCUGCCGGCCGCAACAGCGUGCUGCAGUUUGAAUUCUUCCCCAACCAAGCCAUGGAGGCCUUCCCCCAGAAUUAUACAGCCUUCCCCUGGAGAGAUACAACUGGAUACAUUAACUUCAACAUCAUUUAUGACGCCGCAGAGGAAGAGACGGCAGCGGCCUCUACUGCUCUCGGUCUGGAGCUCCGUGACGACCUCGUGGCUACUUCCGGGUUCCCUGAGCUCACCGUCUUCGUCAGCUACGCGCAUGGCGACGAGAAGUUGGAGCAAAUCUAUGGCGCGGACAAGCUUCCUCACUUGGCGGCGUUGAAGAAGGAGUGGGACCCGCUCGAGGUGUUCAGUUACAACAACGGCAUUCCUACCGAGUACCCAUGA